UAGUUGAAGUGCAGUCGCCUGGUUACAUCUGAGGACUGAUCUUAGAUCCCUUUUCUGCUAAUGAACGGGCUUCUUUGAGUUUGUGAACCGCCGCUGAAGUCGACUGAGAGUUAAGUGUCAGAUAUGGCUCCAAAAAAGGCAAAGGGAGACGCUGUUCCAAAGCCGCCACCGCUGAUUGGAAGGUUUGGCACCUCACUCAAAAUAGGAAUUGUUGGCCUGCCCAAUGUUGGGAAGUCGACCUUUUUCAACGUGCUGACAAAGAGCCAGGCUGCAGCUGAAAAUUUCCCCUUCUGCACCAUUGACCCAAAUGAAAGCAGAGUGCCCAUUCCAGACGAACGCUAUGAUUUCCUCUGCCAAUUCCACAAACCUGCCAGCAAAGUCCCAGCAUUCCUGAAUGUUGUUGACAUCGCUGGCUUGGUGAAAGGUGCUCAUGCCGGCCAAGGACUGGGAAAUGCCUUCCUGUCCCACAUCAGUGCCUGUGACAGCAUCUUCCACAUGACACGUGCUUUCGAGGAUGAGGAUAUCAUCCAUGUUGAGGGAACAGUGGACCCGGUGAGGGAUAUGGAGAUCAUCCACGAGGAGCUGAGGCUGAAGGAUGAAGAGAUGAUCAUCCCCAUUAUUGACAAGCUGGAGAAGACAGCCAUUAGAGGCGGUGACAAGAAACUCAAACCAGAAUAUGACAUUAUGUGCAAAAUAAAGAGCUGGGUACUGGAUGAAAAGAAAAACAUCCGCUACUAUCACGAAUGGAACGAUAAGGAGAUUGAAGUGUUGAACAAAUACUUGUUUUUGACGUCCAAACCAAUGAUCUACCUCGUUAAUCUCUCGGAGAAAGACUACAUAAGGAGAAAGAACAAAUGGUUGGUGAAAAUCAAGGAGUGGGUGGACAGUCACGACCCGGGAGCCUUGGUCAUCCCCUUCAGCGGGAACCUGGAGAGCCAGCUGCAGGACAGGAGUGAGGAGGAGAGCCAGAAGUACUGCACGGAGCACAAGACGCAGAGCGUGCUGAGCAAGAUCAUCAAGGCAGGCUACGCUGCCCUGCAGCUGGAGUACUUCUUCACCGCUGGUCCAGAUGAGGUCCGUGCCUGGACCAUUCGGAAAGGAACUAAGGCUCCGCAGGCUGCGGGGAAGAUCCACACAGACUUCGAGAAGGGCUUCAUUAUGGCAGAAGUAAUGAAAUUCCAGGAUUUUAAAGAAGAAGGCAGCGAGAACGCUGCCAAGUCUGCUGGGAAAUACAGACAACAGGGACGGAACUACAUUGUUGAAGAUGGAGACAUCAUCUUCUUCAAAUUCAACGCACCAAACGCGCCAAAGAAGAAAUGACUCAAUAAGAAUGAUAUGUUUCUUUACAUAACUGACUUUUCUGUCCUUUUUUCUGUUGUUGUUGUUGUUGUUGUUACUUGGGGCAGAUACACAGAUACAUUUUUCAACUCUGUUUUCCAUCCUUUAAGAUCAAGUCCCACCUCACGUGCCGAAGCCCAGGCUCAGUGGACUCUGUGACAGUUGAGCUUAUUUAAGAUCAGGACUGCCCCCCACUCCAAAUUGUAGCAGCAUUUGAAGGAGCAUAUUACUCUCCAGAUACUUCAUUAAUCUCCAUCACGGGUGCCAACACUGACACAGCUGACAGUGGGGACAAUGCCACCUGCUCCUCUCCCCCUUCUGCAGAUAAUGCAUGUUUUACAGUAGGCCAGAUGUCUACACUCAAUAAAACAUUUGACCAAAAAAAAACCCCGUCUGUGUGUGUUUUGGGAUGUCUGUAUUGAGUGGGAGGCUGUAUGGCGAUGGUGAUAGCGGUCCUGCCGACCACUGAUUAGAGAAUUAAAAGACAUAUCUGACACUGACUGUAGCAUAAAGGGGGACGGUUAUAAUUAAAUAAGUGAUGCUGAUUUUGGAAGGGUGUUU